CCUGAAUCAAAGACGAACUGAGCAGAGCAGCACAAAGUACUUGAACACAUUAAGUGGAGAUCUUAACUUUUUACAUCUGGGCUUUGACAAUGGCUCUGUACCACAGUUUCCCAGUUAACAUCACCAACACUACCAUAAAUGAAGAUCUGGUAAAUACCAGCAACCAGUGUCCUGAAACAGGGACUGACCAGAUGAUCUACACUGUGGUGCCUGUGUAUAUUAUCAUCAUCUCUGUGCUGGGAAUUGUACUUAAUAUUCUGGUCCUGUUGGUGUUCUGGCUCCACAAGAAUCCCUGCACCGUACCUGAGAUCUACCUGAGUAACUUGGCGGCUGCUGACCUCCUCCUUAUGUGUUUUCUGCCCUUCUGGGCUGUCACCAUAGCCAACAAAUACAACUGGUUCUUCGGUCUCCACAUGUGUCGAAUGGUCAACCUUUGCAUUGUCAUGAAUGCCAACCGCAGCAUCUACUUCCUUGUUCUGGUUAGCAUCGAUCGUUUUUUGGCCCUGGUGCAUCCACUGUCUCAUGCCAGUAUGCGCAGCCGGAAAUGUGCUAAACUUGGUUGUGUGCUGGUCUGGUGUUUUGGUUUGAUCCUCGGUAUCCCCACGCUCAUAUGCAGAAAAGUGAAAGAUGACCCUGGAUCUAAUUCUUCUGGCUGCUCUUUUGGUUGCAGUGAAACUGUAAUUUAUACAAAUGAGGUGGUUCUGACCGUGUUGGGCUUCAUCAUCCCAGUUGCCAUCAUUUCCUACUGCACCAUCAAGAUCAUUCAAGCUUUGAAAAAUCGACCAGUGGAGGGUGUCAAGAUUCAGAAAAUGGAGCACAGGGCUACUUUUCUGGUGUUGGUAGUGCUGGGGGCAUUUCUGACUUGCUGGGGGCCAUUUCACAUAAUGAGGAUGAUAGAAAUUUUCCUAAGGACUGGAAUCAUCCCUGGAAAUAGCAACUGUGAAGCUGUCCGAGUCUUCGACAUCUUCAUGCACACCUUUAACUAUUUUGCCUAUUUUAACAGUGUUCUGAACCCCAUCCUCUACGUCAUCGUAGCCAAGGACUUCCGUAAAAAAAUGUGUGAGGUCUUCAAGAGGUGCACCAAGGUAAGAACAUCAGUCUUAUCGGUCACCACCAGACUGACUGGAUGAUCUAUAUUGUGAUUCCUGUGUUUGUUCUCAUCAUCUCUGUGAGGGAAUUGUACUUAAUACUCUGGUCCUGUUGGUGUUCUGGAUCCACAAAAAGGCCUGCACCCCACCUGAGAUCUACCUGAGUAACUUGGCAGCUGCUGACCUCAUAACAAGCUAAUGAGGAAUUCUGUUUCCACAUCAUUCUGGAGAAGUUAGUAUUAAUGACUGCACAUAAUGAAUAUGCUACUAUUAACAUUUACGUUUGUGGUGAAGUCAUCACAGUAUGCAUUUCAUUUUGCCAUUCCAGCCAAAUCGUUAAGUAUGAACAAAAUACAAUGGGAUGCUUAUUUGAGUUGAGGUAUAAUAUGAGUUGCAUGGAAACAGUUCUCAUUUUCCAUAAUAUUAGAGUUGUAUUGGAAUUUCUGAGCUAUUUGAUUGUUGGCUCUAGGCAGGACAAUAUUUAAGGCUUCAGCUUAGACACAAUUAUCAGGCAAUGAUGCACAAGGUAGAACAUUUCUGUCACAUUAAAGUUUAUGUACAAUUUUUAAAAGCACAUUUGCUAUCUCUUUGAGCCAGAAAAUGUCUGUAAUCUAUCUGGAAUAUACCUGAAAAUAUCUAUCUGUGCCCAUUUCUUCAUCACCAUCAAUUAUUACAUCUGUAACUCAUAUAAUGACUAUUUGAAACGUAACUAUGCAAAUCCAUAAAAUUAGUUUGGUGUAAAACUUCAGAAGUGAGAGGAGGACUGCAGAAGGCACAUGCAAAUAAAUCCCUAAAAGUCACCCUACGUUCUGCUGAAGACAUCUGAGCAGUUCUCAAUAUGAUCAGACUUCAAGUGACUUUCACCUAUUUUAUCACUUUUUCACUUGCCCUCAAAUAAUGAGGUGAAAUGCAUCAACAUGACGGCUCUUAUGGCGUUUGCUGAUGAUGUGCAUUGCAUGAGACGAGAGAAGCUGUUCAUUGAGCUAUUUCACAUAAAAACUAAAUGGUACUUUACAGUCUUUACAUCAAACUGCAUCUUUCUAAACUUACAUAAUUGGUUUUAAAUAGACAAUGAAAUGAGAUCAAAACAUAUAUUUUCUCUCACCAGUGACAACCAUACAUACAGACAUUUUCUGAAGUAACAGCCUAUGGAACAGGAAGGGGCAGGACUUCACUUUGCCAUUGGCUGAAGUUUAAAGUCUGUUGCAAAGUAACAACUCUUCUACCAUUUAAAGUGUAUUCUACUCUAUAUGGUUACAUACACAUAAAAAAGGCUUGUUAUAUUCUACACAUAUUACAUUUUAUUAAACUACACCACCACAGAGGUUUUGUGCAUACACACACACACACACACACACACACACACACAUGGGUGUUCAUGUGUAAUUCUUGAUGUGUCAGGCAUUUAUUUUACUGCUAUUAGAGGUCAACCGAUAUGAAUUUUUCUAAGACAGAUGCUGAUUUUCUAAAAUUUGGUCAGCCAAUCGCUGAUAUCUACAGCCCAUUUUUGAGGCCGAUUUUUUCUUUAAAAGCACAUUGACCGCAAAAUACAAUUUAAACACUUUGAUAAUUAAAAAUAAUUCUAAUGCAGCAAUAUAAAUGAAAUUAUUAAUACACGUACACAUAGUACUCUUAACAUUUACUGAAUUUAAAGUGCUGCCCACACAGUUGCCUGAUCAAAUAUCUCAAAACAUUUUUACUGCUGAUCAAAUAUCGGCUUUCAAAAAAAAACAAUAAGGCCAAUGGAUGAUAUUGAAAAAAAUCUAUAUCGGCCUGAUAUAUUGGCUGGCCGAUAUAUAUCGGUCUACCUCUAAUUGCUAUGUUAUAACUUCAGUUUCAUCCCUAUGCUAAACCUAAAAUCAUGGAUAAUAAUCCAUAUAUAACUGUUAACUUAUAACCUUUGUAUUGUUUUGAUCAUCCAGCUUCUCAGAAAGAUUCACGUGGUUUUAGGAAGUUUUUUUCACAGCUGGGAACCAUAAUUUCUACUUUCUGUGUAUUUGUUAUAUUCUUGAUGUGUUAUUUUAAACCAAUGCAUAAUUAAAGUUAUUCCAUUAUCU